AUGUCUACUCAUGUUAUUCAAACAUAACAAAAUUUAACAAAUACUUAAUAAGAGACUAAGUAAUUCACUUAUAAUAAUUAGUUUUAGAAAUCGUAUCAGAUCUCAAAAAUUAUACUUAUCAACACUUAUUAAAUUCAUUUUUGCCGUAUUUUUGUUUCUAAUGUUGAGUCUUCAAAUUUAAUAUCAAUUUAACGUGAGUUUCAUUUUUAUGCUUCUAUUACUUUACAAUCUUAUUGAUUUUUCGAAUGUUUUUUACUACCAUUUUUAAAUGAAGAAAUUAGAAAUACUAUUGUAAACAUUAUCAAUUAUACAGCAAGAAGAAAAAGUUAUUAAUAUACCUUGGAACCAAAAUAUUUGAUUUAUUUUACUUAAUAUGUCUUGUAUUACUUAAAAUAUUGGGGUAUCAAUAUUUUGUUUACAGCAAUGUAUUUUUAGUGAUUGCAAUCUUAUUCAAUUUAUACUCCCUCUAUUCAGAUAGAAUACUUUUGGAAUCACUUUAAAUGUUAAACAAAAUUUCUUUACUUUUCAGAAUAUACAUUUUAAUUUGUUCCAUAUUCAUCACCUUAAAAAUAGAUAAUAUUCUAAAAUGGGAUUGGACUUCAACUUUAUGGAGUGUUUGGGUGGGUUUAAUUUGUUUUAUUGGCAUUAGUACAGGAUCCUUGAUUGUUACAUUUAGUAGGAUUAUCCAAUAUAUGUUUGAUCGAUAGAAUCUAUUGAAAUCAGAAUGUAUUUAUUCCUAUUAUAAAUUUAUAGUGAUUUUCUAUAUAUGGAUAACUCAGCUUCUCAUAUUUGGAUGUAUCUCUGUUUCAUUAAGUUCCUUAGGAUAUUUAUAGUAUUUGUAAAAUCAACCAAAUUAUUCUCACAAAUUCUAUAUACAAUAAUAUUUCAUUAUUGCUGAAUUCAUCAUCAUUACCAUAUAUUCUCUAUAUUUUCGUUUAGAUAUCUGCGAAUAAAUAUUUUUAACACUAUAAGAUGAUGAACCAAUUAAUUAAUAAUAAUUUUCAGUUAAUAUGUAAGUAAACAAUUAAACUUUGUAAUAAAUCAAUCCAAUUUCUUCAAGAUCUUAAAUUCCUUAGGUUGUAUAAAAAAUAUCAAAAACCUACUUUGGAAUUCCCAAAAUCAAAAAAGAACGUGAACAAGAUUCAAUCAGUGGAUCACCUGUUCUUAAGAAAUCCUCUAAAAAACACAAACGUGCAUUUUCUAGUUAAGGAGUUGCUUCAUAAAUGUUUUAGGAAAUAGAUUAAAUUGUGAUUGAUAGAUAACAAUCAAAUAAUAUAAACAAAACAACCUCUAAUGAAUUAAAAUUAUAACUCGAUAAAAAAAGAUGCAAUUCUCAUUUAGUAACAGUAUACUAUUGUUUUAAUUAUUAGAUUGCUCAUGAUGAAACUAUUUAAAAUAAUAAACAUCAAGAAAUUAGCAUGAGUCAAACAAGCAAUGUUUGCAUAGUUUGUUAUGAAAGAGGACCAAAUGCUGUUUUUAUGAAUUGUGGUCAUGGAGGAACUUGUUAUUAAUGCGCAAUUGAUAUUUGGAAAUAGAAAACUAUUUGUUAUUUGUGUAGAAAUGUAGAUUUUAUUUUUUUAUUUUAGAAAAUCGAUUACAUUUUGAAGGUUGAUUUGGAAGACAGAUAUGGAGAUUUAUUUAAAGUUGUUUCUACUGCAUAAAUGAUAGAUUAAUUUAAUAAAUGA